GACUUUUUAAAAGCAUCGGCAGCCCAUGAUAUGACGACUUCACUGGUCCUGCAUCCACGCUGGGCAGACACCUUGAUGUACGUUUAUGAAAAAAGCCCGAAUGAAAACACUCAGAAUAAAAACCAAACCAUGGAGGGACUAAGCGGGAACUGUCCUGCAACCCACUGCAGGGACCUCAUCUCACACCCUGCGCUAGGACGACAUUCUGGUUCCAUAGCGACUCACCAGGGAUCCGUUUACUCGGAUAUAUCUUCCCCAGAUAGCGGCCGACAGUGCCCCGGUCCUCAGUCUUCAUCUAGUGCCUCUCUGGGCUACGGCUACCCUUUUGGAAACCCUUACUACGGGUGCAGACUAUCUCAUUCGCACAAUGUGAAUUUACAACAGAAGCCUUGCUCUUAUCAUCCAGCUGAAAAAUAUGUCGAGCCCAACACGGCGCUGCCCUCAGAGGAACUCUCAAGCAGGGCAAAAGAGUUUGCGUUCUAUCCAAGCUUCGCCAGUUCUUACCAAGCUGUACCGGGAUACCUAGACGUGUCAGUGGUUCCUGGGAUUAGCACACAUCCAGAACCACGACAUGACGCAUUGAUUCCCGUGGAAGGUUAUCAGCACUGGGCGCUAUCAAAUGGCUGGGACGGCCAGGUAUAUUGUUCUAAGGAACAAACACAAUCCACUCAUCUUUGGAAGUCUCCCUUUCCAGAUGUUGUUCCUUUGCAGCCCGAAGUCAGCAGUUAUCGUCGUGGUCGCAAGAAGCGUGUCCCCUACACCAAGUUACAGCUAAAAGAACUGGAAAAAGAAUACGCAGCCAGCAAAUUCAUCACCAAAGACAAGAGGCGACGUAUCUCCGCCACAACUAACCUCUCAGAGCGCCAGGUUACCAUCUGGUUCCAGAACCGCCGGGUGAAGGAGAAGAAGUUCGUCAGUAAAUCCAAGACAAAUAAUCACAUGCACACCACCUGAUGAUUGGCCCCAUCACUUUGUCAGCACCAUGUAACACGCCUGUUUGUUCUAAAAGUCUGAAAUGUACCUCCUUUUUUCUUAUCAUGUAUGAAGAACACUUGAGACAAUUUCCACUUACCCACCCUUUCUUGAAUACUUUAUUUAAUUUCAAAUCAGUGCACACCACACAUUCUUCAUAAGUGUAUGGCCUAAGCUGUGAAAAUAAUUGUCAUGUUAAGUCUUUUUAUAUGAAUGUACAUAUAUAAAUAUAUAAUAUUUAAGUGGUCUCUGUUUUCUCAGACAUUUGAAUCGUGUGUUUUCAGGUGAACAUCAGAAUUCAUUUGAUAUUCCACAGAUGUAUAUAGCCAUUGCAUUCUCAUGUACGCACAUUCAGAGCACACCAGCAAAACGAAUGAACACGCAUAACAAAUGACAAGGGAAAAUAAAAACCCCAACUGGCUCCAAAAGAAGAGAAAUAACGUUAUUACUUGGACCCUUAGGGUAACAGAACUUGAAUAAACCCGUAUGGGCCGACUUGCUGGAAAUGGAAAAAUGCUGCGGUCCAUACCAUACGAACACUUGCUAUAGAAGGACUGCAUGAAAUCAUUCUGUUCUUCAGUGCAUUACGGAAAAUGUCCACAACAUUGAGGUGUAGCGCGCGGUGUUUUUUUGCCCACGGUACAAACAAGGCUGCUAGUGCUAAUAUGUACAGUACAAUGCCUCUAUAAUUUAAACCAUAUACUCUCGUAUGACAGGGCUGUAUGUUGGAAUGUGUCAAAAUCGUCUUUUUGUGUUCCUACAAAUGAAGGAUAUAUGUCUGCCAUGCAACUGGAAUGAUUGUAAAGCAAAGUAUUACAUAA